CGAACUUCGAGUUAUUCUGAUGUUACACAUUUGUCAUAGUACAGACCAAGUAUAUUUCAUCAACUGGACUUGUUGUUUUUUUAAUAUACAUUUUAUUGUUUGUACUUACUUGUGGAAUGUAAUUCUCUUGGUUUUUGUGUCCGCUGUGCGCUUAUUCACGCAUCCCAGAGCUGCACAGUAUUGAGGCAUUCUGUCAUUUCUGCUCACGAGCUAAUACCGCUCCAAAAUGGCGGCGGUGUAGACGUUUGCUUGAUAGACAUGUCUAGAAGGAGGCCGGAGGAAACAAGAUUUUGUGAUUUUGUUUUUCUUGAUAAUAUAUUAUAGUAUUGAUAAUAUUGCUAUUUGAUUCGGCCCUGUCCACUUUUUGUGCAACAACCACCAGUGAACGGAUCAUGUGAACGCCCCAAAAAUGAUUUAAAUUGAAUGAACUUGCCCUUCAUAACUUUUCGUAAAAUAUGACAUCUCAUUUUAGUGGUAAUCGUUAUAGUAGAGGUCAUUUUAUUCACUUAUGUCUUGGAGUCAACGAAGUUCUUGUUGUGCUCUUGAACGCAACUUGUUGACCUUUAGUCCACUGUAGUUACAGGGGCGUGGCGUCAGUUCAAGGAGCUUGAGUUGAGUGUAGGAAGAAACAAGACUCGUUGGUGUAAGCGUAACAAUAAUGAUGCCUUUUUGCUGCUGGGGAUAAACACAGGGAAUAGGGUGGGAAAAGGUGGAGAUGGAGGACUUCUGGGCUCUGGUCGUUUGGGCUGUGAGGAUAUGGCUGUGUCUCAUUGUCAGCCUCAUCGUGAUCCCGUCUAUGUUUGGCUUCUCGCUGGGUGUCUCUGAAAGCUACAUGAACAUCCUGGUGAAAACCUUGGAGUGGGCUACACUGAAGUUACAGAAGGCAAGCACAGUUGAACAGGCACUUAAAGCCUCUGCAUCUAGUGGUCUCAUUCAGAGGGAAGAUGGCUCCAUGGAGAAAGAGCUUGAGGAACUAAGACGGAGUCGACCCAAACCAUCAGUGGGCGGUGAUUUUACGCUGAGCGACAGUUUCUUUUUCACUCGCAGAGGAAUUGAGAGCAUUGUAGAGGAUGAGGUGACACAGAGGUUCUCUUCAGAGGAACUGGUGUCCUGGAACCUGCUGACCCGCACAAACAAUGACUUCCAGUAUAUCAGUCUGAGGCUGACUCUGGUAUAUGGCCUUGGUAUAUUUGUGAGAUACUGCAUCCUGGCACCACUCAGAAUAACUCUGGCCUGCAUCGGCCUCACCUGGCUGGUCAUCGGAACAUCUGCAGUGGGACUUCUCCCCAACUGGAGGAUGAAGUUCUGGCUCAGUGAGUGGGUACAUGUCAUGUGCUAUAGGAUCUGCGCACGAGGACUGUCUGCCGCCAUUCGCUAUCACAACAGGGAAAACAAACCCCAAAAAGGAGGAAUCUGUGUUGCUAACCACACUACUCCUAUUGACAUUGUUAUACUCUGUAAUGAUGGCUGCUAUGCGAUGGUGGGCCAGGUCCACGGAGGAUUGAUGGGAGUCGUCCAGCGAGCUAUGGUUCGAUCUUGUCCCCAUGUUUGGUUUGAGCGCGCUGAGAUGAAAGAUCGCCAUCUCGUGACUAAAAGGUUGAAAGAUCACGUUAAUGACAAAGAAAAACUCCCUAUAUUAAUAUUUCCAGAGGGAACCUGCGUCAACAACACUUCGGUCAUGAUGUUUAAAAAGGGGAGUUUUGAAAUUGGAGGAACAAUUUACCCUGUUGCUAUUAAGUACGACCCUAAGUUUGGCGAUGCCUUCUGGAACAGUUCCAAGUACAGCAUGGUGAGCUACCUCCUGAGGAUGAUGACCAGCUGGGCCCUCGUCUGUGAUGUGUGGUAUCUACCGGCCAUGCUUCAACAGGAAGGGGAAGAUGCUGUCCAGUUUGCCAACAGAGUGAAGUCAGCCAUCGCUCACCAGGGAGGACUGGUAGAUCUACAAUGGGACGGGGGCCUGAAGCGAGCUAAAGUGAAGGAGUCGUUCAAAGAGGAGCAGCAGAAGCAGUACAGCAACAUGGUGGUGGGAGACGACAGCAGCAGUAACAGCGACUGACAAGUCUACACAAGCUCCUAACCGGAACGUGUCUUAUCCUCUUUAGUUUGACCUUUCACACUGUGAAAGGAGAAUUGACUCUGAGCCACAAGUGCAAUAGUGAACUUUAAUCAUGAUGUCGCUGCUGCUAUUUUUUGAUGAAAUGUCGACUUUAGUGUAUAGUGAUGGCAGAGAAACUAUCAGAUGCAAACAGUGAAUUUAUCUCUUUACUGAUUACAUAUUCAUGUGCAGCUCAAUUGUUUAAAAAAAAAUAAAAAAUAAUAAAGUUAGCAUGAAUUGUAGCUA